UGUCGAUAGACUUUUCGUGUUUUCAUGUUAUCUUUCGCGUCUGUGUUUGAUUAAUAAAACGUUCCACCUGGCUAUGCCCAGCGUAACCGAUCAGCUUUUUCGUUUAUUAUUAUUACUAUUUAUUAUUAAUAUUCGUAAGUCUUUCUUUAGUACUCACUUAUGCCAGUAAGAUCGACUUGCUUCCGUUUAGAAUGACAGAUUAAAUUGUGACCCUACCCAUGAGCUGGAAGAAAUGAUGAUCGAGUCAAAUCCAUUGCAUAAAAAGAAAAGAAGGAAGCGUCCUAAAACAACGUCUUCAGCCAACAAAAUAAAAGAUCCUAUUCAGCAAUCUCUUGAGAAUCUAACAAACAAAUUCACCUCGUUUCGGCGCGGAAGUAAUGUGGAUGAGGCUUCCCUCGUGAUGAGCAAUGAAACAAUUGAAAUAUUAAGUGGUCGAAAGUCCCAACAACCUAGCCCUCGUACGAUCGGUGACUCGCCUCCGAGUCAGCCACCCACGCCGCGAGUGAAAACGAGUGAUAUUCCAAGCGUACACUUAAACGACGAGCCCCUAACUCCGUCGACGAACACUCACACGUCAAGUUCUUCGCUUAAUGGAAAAAUAACUAAUGAGAAUCGGAAUCCGUGAAUAUAUUUUUCUAAUUAUUAUUAUAAUUUUAACAAGUUAAAAUUGUGUGAUCACAAGUUUGCUUCUUAUUCGUUUGCAAUAUUCGCAUCAGACUAACUAAGCGUCGCAUGCGACGAACUAUAUUUUUUUCAUUCAAGAAACUUCAGAAAUGCUCCAUGUCUCUUCAUUUUUAGCACCUUUUCUGAUAAAAUCGUUACCCUGUUUUAUAUUUCAAAAUGCUUUCUACUGAUUUAAUUUCUUGCACAUAUUUUACAAGUUAUUGCGGUUUGCAGUGCAUAGAAUCUAAGCCUUAUCUAAAUGUUCCCUAUAAACAUCGUAUAAUGAGCGAUGCUUUCAUGGAUGACUUACUGCAACUUUUCAAUGCUAUUGAUAUAUUCACAGCGUCACUGUUUUUCCCAAGCCUUUUUUUAGGCAAAUCAACCGGAAACAAAAAUGUCUGAAUUUUAUUUUUACACUUAGGUCAUGAAUUAUGAUAUUCUCAAACGCAAAAAGUGCAAAAAUCAUUAUUGAUAAUAAGCGUGUUGGGGGGCGGGGUCCUUUGUUUUGUUAAACACUUGUAAAUACAGUUUAUUAGAGAUAGAUAUUUAUAUUUUAUGAUGAAGUAAAUAUUCUGGUGUGGAAACCAUGCUUGUCCGGUGUGAAUAUCAGUUUCAAGUGUGGAAACCAGGCUAUUGUACAUUUGUAAUACUAACAACCGUUCAUUACUUUGAA